GCGGCGGCGGCUCCGCGGGUCCUGCCGCCCUCCCGCGGUGAGAACGGGGCUCUUCUGUCCCGCUCGCCUUCCCUCCCAAAAAAUCCACGGGUGCUGUGGGCCAUGCUGCUGGCAGAGGCCUCGUGUAGGCCAGAACUCCUCAGGGAAUAGGGGGCUUCCCGGCUGGCCGCGGUGGGAAGCGGGGCUGCAGCUUCAUCGGACGUGGAGGCACGUGGUGAUUGGUGUAAAGAGGCCUCUGCGGGGGAUGAGCCCGGGAUGCACGAGGUAACAAUGGACAUUACAAGUGGGAGCGCAGAUGACAUUUCAAGGCCUGCAUCUAGUUCAAAACCCAAUUGUGGAUCUUUGAAUACAUCUAUAGAGUUACUAACACCAGAGCCACAUUUGCAAAAGGUUGAUUCACUUGUCAGUGUGGCUGAUGGUUAUCAGAGAGACAGUCUAGAAGAUUUCUGUCCAGCAGAAAACAAAAGAGAGAAAUCUGAUGUCCAGGCAGUAAGAACAGAUCAGCAAACCACAGUGGAGAGUACAACCUUCUCUCUUCAGAAAUGUAUACAGAAACCCAAGGAAUUGCCAGGAUGUAGCUGUAAUUCAGAUUGUGAAGACACUGAAACAUGGACUUUGAAAUUCUGUGAACCUUUCCAAGGAAAAUCAAGUACUGCAAAAUCAGCAAACUUGAAAUGUUCUGAAGACACAGAUGUAGAUCCUCAGAUUCAAGCAGCUAUAAAGAAAAUGAAUAAACUUGACACAAUACUUGAAAAGCAACAUCUUAAGGAGAAAGCAAUUAAAAAACAAGGCAAAGAAAUGAGGGCAGUGCUCUGGGAAGAACUUCAGUCUAUCAAAACCAGAGGAGGCCACGAGGAGAUAGAAAACACAAACCUUUUUUUAGCUUUGUUCUCAUCGUGGCAGGAUACAACUGAUCCCUCCCAUACUAAAGAAAAUGAAAUAUGUACUUCAGUAAUUCACACACAAAUGAAUCCAGAGGAUUAUGAUUGUCAUCAAGACCAACAAAGCAAGGAUUAUCCAAAUGAAUUAGAAACAGAAUUAGAAAAAACAGCAGAGAAAACACAUAGCAAAAAUAAAAGCAACCAGGAUUUCAUUAAAAAGAACAUUGAGCUAGCAAAGGAUUCAGGAAACCAGUUUGUUAUGCUUGAGGGAGAAAGGAAAAGGCUAAUUGAACUAUUGAAAGAUACAGAGGAUGGAAUUGAAUUGCAAGGUCUUGAGGAGAAUGUAUCUGUCUGGCUAGCACCAGGAGAAGGGUACACACCUGAACCCACGGAAUUUCAUCUCCUAAAUGAAAUAGACAUUAAGCUUCAAGCACUACUAUCUGAUGGGGAGUUUUCUGCAAUUUCCAGCUCUUUCUCAAAACCUCCAAGCCAGAUUUGUCAGGAGUCUCUGCUUUAUGCCAACAGAAGCCUAGAAACAGUUCCAGGUGAAAAGGUUCUGCGGGACAAUAAGGAAAAACGUGAUCAACAGAAUCGUCUGAAAGAAAUAGAUCAUAAGCUGGAAUCUCUAGAGAGAAAUCUUACUGAAGAACAAAUGAGCCUCUCUGAAGAGCAGCUUAAGACCCUUCUGGAAGAAUGUAUGCAGCCUGAGAGAACAAUAAGUAACGUUACCAUGCCAAAGUCUCAGGAAUCUCUUUCUUUUGGAUUAAGUCCCCCUUCUUACACAAGUCAAGACUCCACUCUUCACUCCACAUCUACUCUUUCCAAAAUGUUAGUUGAAGACCAUAUUGUAGGGAUGUUAAUGGCUCAGGAAAAGGCUGGACUCGAAGACAAAAGCUUAUGUGCAGAGAGCGAAAUCCCUGGCUACUAUAUCAGCAAAGCAUUGGCUGGUAGUCACUUAUCAAAGGAUUCACUGGCCCAAACAGAGGAACCUGAUGACCUAGAAGGUUUACAGAAGAUGGGAGAUGAGAGUAUUACUGAAGGUUACUUUAUGUCAAGAGCACUCAACACAAAAAGAUUGAAGAAACCUUCUUUCUUGGGUGAACCAUUAUAUUGCAUCAGCAUGAACAAUGAGCCAUGCACAGAGGCUGACAUUCUCAGCAUACCACUGCAAACCAAAGGAGAAACUUUGUGAGAUUUCAUAACCCAGAACAGUUCUCAAGUUGACAAUACCUGUUUGUUAGUCAUGGCAUCCUCAACACUGCGACCAAAUGGCUGUGUUCCAGUGAAACGUGGUGGACAAGGCAGACAGUUGUAUCCAGGUUCAGUAUUCUCACACCUGUGCGCUCCAUUGAAGACAAAGCAGGCAUCAGGAACUUCUUUGCACUGAAAUAGGAGUUUGAGAUAGAGGAGAACAACAGUUAGCAUUAGAAAACACUGAUUCUAUUCUCCCUUUCCAUCUUCCUUCCUUCCCUUUCAAGGAGCAAGCUAUAUUCUUCUUACCUCAUCAAUAUCUUGGCAGUGAACACCAUCACCAUGGUAGCCAGCAGGACAGGCACCACACUUCCAGGAACCAUCAGGAGAGCUGGUACAUGUAGCCCCCGCAAAGCAGGGAUUAGACAGACACCCAUCUGUGAAACAAAUGAGAAAAUGUUACAGUGAGGGAUUCUUACCAUGCUGCUACGGUACUGUAUUUGACUUAUAUCCUGGUUUAAAAUUCUAGCACUUAUGUUUUACAGACUUACGUAAAAUUUUUAAAUCAGUAUUUUCAAGAUUGUCAACGAUCUUCAGAUGUUUAUGGGAAAACAGAUACUCACCAAUUGGACAGUCUUGUUUGUUGCAGACCUGAGUCCCUCUAGCUUCACCUACACAAGUCUUCCCACCAUACUGAGGCUCAGGAUUAUUGCAGAGACGGCUACGUUUUUGAAGUCCUCCUCCACAUGUCACUGUGCAAGCAUCCCAUGGAGCCCAUGGUCCCCAGUUGCCAUUAACUAAAGGAAGAUGGAAGACAUGUAUGGUUUCAAAUUCAGUGCUACAACUAGUUUCUACCUGCUUAGGACUAUUAUUUUUGUAGUGAGAGCGCUUCAGACAUUGUUCCAAGUGACAGAAUUAAUGGGCUCCAUGGAGGAGGUAUAGAAGAUAGUUUAGUUUCAUCUGAAACUAACCUGUGAGAUUUUUACAUAGCCCACCUCUAAGUUUAAAGAGAGAAGAAUACUAGAACUAGGUUAUAUAGCAACUACUCUGGAAGUUCACCAUUUAAGCUACCAAAUAGUAGUUAUCACCACGACACACUUACUUGGGCAAGGAUCUUUCUGGCAGGCUUUGUUUUCUCUUGCCUCACCCUCACAAGGUUUGCCAUUCAGCUGUGGUACUGGAGAGUUGCAGAGACGAAUUCUAGUGAUGAUGCCCGUGCCACAAGUGACAGAACAUGACGACCAUGGUGACCAGUGACUCCAGCCACCAUCCUGUUUAACUACAGGAGAGAGAUAUCUGUUAUUAAUAGUUUCUGAAGACUUCAGCUACAGAGCACCUAGAACGUAGCCAGUACCAGAACUGCACCAAAGACUCCAUAUAUAACAGAUAGUCUCCGCACGGUCACAGAUCAAGUUUUGUUGCUAAAGAAGUUUCAUCCCUAAACUGGUGUCAGAUUUUGUCCUGGGAGCAGUGCCCAAACACGCCUGUUUACUGCACAAACUAUGUGCUCCCCUUGACCUGAUUAACAGAAGUCCUUAAAGCUAGAAGCCAACGAUCCACACCAGCAACAGAACUACAUGGUAAUCUUUGCUGUUAAUGUCAAGCCAGUAAAAGCAACCUACGUUUUACUACCAGCAUGAGUAGAUUAAGUACUUACAUCUCUUAUCACACUCCUGAAGGUGGCAAGUCCGAGUCUGCACAGAAGACCCUUCGCAGCGGUUAUUGAGACUGUCACAGGAACGUCCUCUCUGCUGAAUUCCGUUGCCACAUGUUACAGAACAUGAGGUCCAUUCAGACCAAGGAGACCAUCCAUCAUCGGCAUAGUCGCUAGCUGCAGAGGGAUACAGCUCUGAAUAAGAUUCCAUGUACAUGUUUUUUCAUAGUCUUUUCUCCCACACUUCUCUCCAUCAAAAAGGUCACAGCUGCCCUCAAAAGCCACAUGCACCUUCCUUUCUUGGACAAGAUAAAAGCCAUGAACUCAAAUAUUUCAGUAUGUUGUGCAUUGUAGAAAAUAUCGAAUGUGCACCACCUAAGUGAUUAACUUCAAAGAGGUAUCAGACUAACUGUACUUCAGCAGUGCAAAGUUAUCCUUGUAUAUCCAGUUGUGGGAUACUUUAGAGCAGCAUGCGUCUAGUUAGAUGAGGCCAACUGCUACAGAAGUGUGAAUGAGCUAAGUACUUACGCCAGCACCGGGGACAGCACUCCCCAUCAGGCACAGUGGCAUUGGAACAAGGCAUGAGAGGACAGGACACUUUCCGGCAUAUAGUAGCAGAGUUCUAUAAAGAACAGUGAGAAUUGCAAUAAGCAAGUGGAAUAUAAACAAUGGCUAGAGUCUGGUUAAAUAAUAGAGAUCUUUUCUGCAGCACUUAAAACUCAAGAGCAUAUCUAAAACAGAGAUCCUUGUAGUUAGAGCUAAUAUAACCCAAGGGUAGCCCCAGGCAUUUUCAUCAAACUUCAUCUCUUUUCCAUUCUCACAUAUUAUUUUUUGGUUUUCUUUUGCAGAAGAUUAUCAGGAGUAGCUAGCAGAUCCUAGCUAGAGUAAAGGAUGUGAUUCCCAAAGUAUAUGGUCAGACUUCAAGGAAACAAAACAAGAAUGAGAAGCCAACUUUCUUUUCAGUUAAUAUGGAUUUAAGCUAAUUAUAUGGUAGAGAUAAAAUGAGUUCAGUGGACUCUGCUCGAGAGCUAUGAAAUCUAUAACUUAUACUUAGAGGUUUUUGAUCUGUAAGCCAAACAGGCAGGGUAAGAACACCGACCUCCAAUCUCAAUGAGAGCUAAAGGGCAGUCUGUAGUUUUGUUUCUUGAAGGUAACAGCUUGGUCAGAAGAAUGCUCUCAUGAUUACUAUUUUAGUCUCCCCAAGCAAAUGACUAGAUUAAGGCAAUUACAGCUAACACUGAGUAAGAAGGUCAUAGAAAAGAGGCAGAUGCAGAAGUCAGUAUCAUUUGCUGACUAGAAGACAAAAAGAUGUCAAGAGCUAAAAUAGAUGCAGAAUUUGAGAUGCCUUGGAUUGCACACAUACAAAUAGCUUUUCAUUUCUAAGGAUUGGCAGGCUAGUUAACCCACUCUUCGGUAGACUGGUACUCCAAGAAGCUUUUGCUACGGUAUACUUAAAUGGAACAAGCAAAUAGUUUAAAGAAACCCUGAAACUGUAUGUUUUGUGUGUGUUUACAACAUUCCGCAGAAGUGAAACAAAGCAUAGAUAUCUUCCCAGGUGAUCCUGGGAUUUAAACAGUUAACCUGAAAUCUGAAAGGGAGUGCUGUUCCAUAUAAUCUAUAACAGUUAAUAGGAAACAGCUAGAAACAUUUGCUAGAUAAACACCCCAAGUUUAAGUGCCUUUACUGAGUACUAGAACAUCUUAUUAGCCAGCAGGAAGUUCAGUGAGGACAGAAGAUAGAUCUAAAGUAUUCCAGGAAGCAAAGCCAAUAGAACUAUAAAUUUGUUGUAUUGAUGCUGACUUUUAGUUUAAUUAUGAACUUAUGUAAAGAAUUCAGGCAUUCCCCAAAUUAAGGAACUAAAAGGGUGUUAAUAGCCAUACCAGAGCAAUGUUUUGUACAGUUUUCUAAAGUACUGCUGUUGUAACACUGUAUGAAAGCUCCCUUUAUACCAGAGAUCGAGUAGAAUGAAACAAACUGAAUAAUUCUGUGGGUGCUCUAGUAUGUCCAGUUCUGUGUAUGAUUCACUCUUUCUAACAAAGAAUGUAAUUUAGAAAUAUGUGUUAAUUCCUCCUCCUGAGUUUUUAUUCAGAGGAUUUAUGGAUGUGAGGAACCUUACCUGGCAAGUACAUUCAGUGCAGCUGUCAAUAGUCCACUCAUCUUUAUUUUUGUGCAAGAUUCCAUUAUGAAUGCAUGCUCCAGGAGUGAUCUGGACCACUUUAGCAAUGAUUUCAUUUUCUUCAGUCUUGAGGGGGGGAGUGUAAGAAGCAAAGUGAAGAUAUUUAGAAGUUAAUACAGAAAACAUUGUUUUUCACAAAAGUCAAAGUAAAUUUAUUACUGUUUAUACAGCCUCUCAAAAGGCAGGCUAUAAUUAAUGCACCCAAUGCCAGUUAAUAAAAGGUACCAUGAAUUUAGCCAACACUCACCACUUUGCGAACUCUGUCUUGAAGUGUUGUCACCAUGGACCGAAGCCCUUGCAGUUCCACAAACAUAUUUGUUAGUUCAUCACAGGAAAAUCCACAGACUGCUUGGAUGUCCUUUGUUUUAUGGCCAAUGUAAUUAGUGCGGAUAGCUGGGCUGGAACCAUUGAUGGGAUUGUCCAAAGUAAUGAUUGCACUAGUGGCU